ACGUACAAAUCCAAUUCAAACAAUGGGUAGUUGCAAUAUUGAUGAGACAAAGGUGCCAGUGAUAGACUUUGAAGACUUUCCAGUACAAUCUCAGAAGCUCAUAGAGGCAUGUGAGGAGUGGGGCUGCGCAAGAAUUGUGAACUGCCACAGCAUUCUGCCAGCUUCACUCAUGUCAGAAAUGAAACAAGUGGUGAGGUCACUGUUUGAUCUUCCACAGGAGAUCAAGGAGAGGAAUAAGCACAUUCUUCCCAUAAGUGGCUAUGCUCCUCUCAAUGUGAUAAACCCUUUUUAUGAAUCCAUGGGGAUGUAUGAUAUGUCCUCUCCUCAAGAUGUUGAAACCUUCUGUAGUCAACUUGAUGCCUCGCCUUCCCAAAGAGACAUAAUGAUAAAGUACACAAAAGCUGCACAUGAAGUAAUUAUGGAGAUUGGGAGAAAAUUUGGAGAAGGGCUAAGUUUGACCAAAGGAGAUGUGUUUGAAGGAUGGGCUUCCCAGCUCAGAAUCAUAAAGUACCAUUUCAGGCCAGAGAAUAUGGGGUCAACCGGACUAGCAACCCACACCGACGCCGCAGUGCUUACCCUUCUGCAUGACGACGAUUGUGUGGGUGGACUACAAGUCAUAACCAAAUCAGGAGAACUUGUGGCCGUUGAUCCCUUGCCUGGGAGCGUCUUACUCAUCAUCGGAGAUGCGGCUGUUAUUUGGAGCAAUGGGAAAUUUCACAAUGCAAAGCAUAGGGUGAUCUGCAAGGACACGGACGCAGCUGAUCGGUUCACUAUAGCUUCAUUCCUCCUGGGUCCAAAAGAGGCAGCAAUCGAAGCGCCACCGGAGCUUCUCGGGCCUGAUCGGAAACGACUCUACGUUCCCGCCACAUUCCAUGAAUUAAGGAAGAUCCGUGUGCAUAACAAUCUGCAUAAUGGUGAAGUUCUUGAUCUUGUGCGUGCUAAACCAUAAUACUACUUCUAGCUGGUGGUGGACCUUAAUGACAUGCCCUGUCUGUCUUUCCAGUACACAUUCAUGGGCCUGGUGUUGAAUUUUUGCAAGAACAUUAGGAGACAGCUUUUUCUGAUAUGACUACUUAUCCC